AUGUUUCUGGUGGCUAUGAACAAAACCGAAUACGAGGCAAAAAUGCAGCAACUUCUCGAUGAUAAAAUGACAUACAAAUGCCUAGGCAGACGAUCGCCUCUAGUUCGACUCGAAAAACGAGCGAAUGAAAUUAUCGAGACACUCAACGAAUGCGGUGACAUUGAUUGGAAGCAGAGAGCAAGGAUGAAAAAGAAUAACACACAAAUCUCGAGAAUUUAUGCUUUCCCCAAAUUGCAUAAACCGGGUCAUCCACUACGUCUCGUGAAUUCAACAACAAACAGCCCAGCUUCAGCUCUAUCAAUUUGGCUUGAUUCUUUUUUCCGUAACAUCAUUCAUGACAAAUACGAUGUAAAGAAUUCACAGCAGGUGAAAGAGAAAUUGAGGACGAUAACACUUGACGAAAAUGACAUCAUCGUAUCGCUGGAUAUCGUUUCACUUUUCCCGAGUAUACCGAUCCGGCAAACCAUCGAUUUGAUAAUGAAAAAAUGGAGAAAGUUGUACAGAAAAACGGCUAUGUCGAAAAAGAUCUUCGUUGAAUUGCUUGAAUUCGUACUGCUUGAAGCAGCUGUCUUUGCCUACGGUGACAUGUAUUACCAGCAAAUCGACGGAACAGAGAUCAUCGACCAAGUGCUUGACACCCUCGAUUGGACACCAAAAAUGCUAAUGAAAUAUGUCGAUGACAUUUUUGUAAUAAUUCCUCGCAACAAACUUGACGAAUUUGUGAGUAAAUUGAACGCUGUUUUCCCACAGAAAAUCGUCUUUACGGUCGAAAAAGAAACAAAUGGAACCCUCCCGUACCUUGAUUUGCUGAUUCAACGCGGUGACAACAACGACAUCAAAGUUGAUUGGUACCAGAAACCAACAGCCGCAAAUCGCAUUUUGAAUUUUCAAUCCCAACAUUGA